AUGAGCGUCGCCGGGUCACACAACAAUCAUCGCGGAGUUCUUUACAACAUAUUCUUUUCUGCUAAUUUAAAUACAAACUCAUCAGACGGUUACUUUCUAAAGGCCUUGGUGUUUUACGAAGAAUAUUUUAGUGUAGUUUUUCUUCUCGAAAUUGCGAAAUCGUAUACCGCACCGCCGCCCGCCGGCGUCGCUGGAUCAAGGUCGAGUCUACACCACGUGGAUCCUUUCCUCACUAGACAGAAACCAAUAACACUACCUACUGUGAUACAGUCUAUACUAACAUCCAUCCUCAAGACUCGCAAUAAAGGCUAA